AUGACGAGCUCUCGACAAUCAAGCACCUCUUCUGUCAAAUCGGACGCCAAAUCCGAUAUCGAGUCUCAAGGACGACACUCAGAACAAGAACACUUCGGUCAUUCGCCAGGUCAGACCACAGGGUCACUGGAUCAGAAAGCACAAUCAAACUCCAAGGAACAGCCUUCUGAAAGUCAUCCUGCAUCUACUAUACCAAAUGGCGGAUUCACGGCAUGGCUACAAGUCUUGUCUGGGUUCAUGUGCUUCAUGAGCUGUUGGGGUCUGGUCAACGGAUUCGGUGUAUUCCAAGACUUUUACAGCAGCACGCUCAUACCUGAUGUGAGCGACUCGAAUAUCUCGUGGAUUGGAUCAAUACAGGCCUUCCUGCUCUGUAGUGCGACUGUCUUUGCUGGACCCAUCUACGAUCGCGGACAUCCUCGACUACUUAUUGUGUUUGGCUCUGUUCUUGUCGUUUUUGGAAUGAUGAUGACAAGUCUCUGCUCAAAGUAUUGGCAGCUUAUGUUAGCGCAAGGAAUUUGCGUUGGCUUCGGAGCUGGAUGUCUUUUUCUUCCUUCGAUCGCCAUCAUCCCUUCGUACUUUACAACCAAGAAGUCUUUCGCUAUGGGCAUCGCUGCGUCGGGAUCGAGCUUUGGCGGUGUCGUCUAUCCCAUCAUAUUCCGUCGUAUCGAGCCUCAAAUCGGGUUUGGAUGGGCUACUCGCAUUAUUGGCUUCAUCUCGUUGGUCACUCUGCUCAUUCCCUGUUUUUGCAUCAAGGCUCGUGCUUUUCCAAAGACACGUAGAAAGCUGCUGGACUGUGCUGCUUUCAAAGAACCUGCCUACGCUCUGUUCAGUCUUGCCAGCUUUGUCGGCUUCGUUGGACUCUACGUUCCUUUCUUCUACAUUUCCACAUAUGCCAGAAAUGUAUCCGGCCUGAAAGACACACUUUCAUUCUACAUGCUUCCCAUCAUGAGCGCUGGGUCGAUCGCUGGUCGAAUCAUCCCCGGUCUCAUUGCGGACAGAGUCGGUGCUCUGAAUGUACUCGGUUGCUGUACUUCAUGUGCCAGUAUACUCGGUUUCUGCUGGAUAGCCAUUGAGCAUACCGCUGGCGGUCUGAUCGUUUGGGCUCUACUGUACGGCGCCCUUUCUGGUGCCUUUGUCAGUCUGCAACCCACUACUGUGGCGUCAAUCACCAAAGACCUCAGUACAGUCGGCGGAAGGAUGGGUAUGAACACAUUCUGUGCUUCCUUUGGCAUUCUCAUUGGUACACCAAUCGCAGGUUUGUUGGUUGGCAGUGGUGAUUGGAUGGGUAUGCAAGUGUUUUCAGGCGCCACUCUCCUGGGUGCUGCGAUGUUGGUCAUGGCUACCAGAGUCUCCGUCACUGGCUCCAAGAUAUCUGUCAGGGCAUAA